UUAAAAUGAGCACUCUUGUCAGAAAGAUUUAUAUUUCAGUUUCAAAUUUGUAUCAGUCGAAACAACUCACAAGUUCAAUUAUAGUUUAUAUAAAAUUCUAGAAUACCCUAUAUGACAAUGGUUGGUGACGGACUGAAUAGCCCACGGCUGCAGGGGGGAGAGGCGCAUUCGGGGGAGCAAAGAUCCGUAUUUCCGGACAAACACCUCAUGCGAAAUACCCGGAUCCUUAACAUCAGAAGAGCCCAAAUCAGCGAGGUGCCCAUGGAGGUCCUGGAGUCAGCUCGCCAGGAGCUGGUGAACAUUGUGAGCCUGGAGAACAACCUACUGCGCGAAGUUCCCAAGUAUCUGCACAUGCUGAGCGAGCUGCUCACCCAGUUGAUCCUGACCCAGAACGAGAUCUGCUUCAUACCCCCCAAUAUCUCUCAGUUCUCGAAGCUGGUGGCCCUCAAUCUCUCGGGCAAUUUGCUGUGCGACCUGCCCAUGGAGUUGGGCGGACUCAAGUUGCUCAAGGAGCUGGUCAUCUCCCACAAUCGCUUCCAGCAUCUGCCAAGCUCCAUCUACGAGCUGGAGAGCCUGGAGUCCUUGAUGGCCAACGACAACCAGAUCAAGAGCGUGGAUGCCAGUCCCCAGGGAUUAGGCGCCCUGUCGCAGCUGCUCAACCUCAAUCUGAGCAACAAUGACAUCCGGAUAGUGCCGCCAGUCCUGGGAAAUAUGCAGAAGCUCCAGAAGUUGGAGCUGUGGGGCAAUCCCUUUCGCCAGCCGCGUCAUCAGAUCCUAAAGAUGGGAACUCAGUCGAUACUGAGCUACUUACGAAACCGCAUUCCCAUCUAAAUCAGACAUUGGCUAUUGCAUAUAAAUUAAAUUAUAAUGUAAAGUAUCCCAUCUAAAUCAGAUUAUAGUAUAUGAAUCAAAUUGUAAAGUAUUUUGUAAAAUAAAGCGACGUAUGUAUAUA